CCCUCCACCAUGUCAGAAUACCGGGCCAGCCACUCAGCUCUUCUCUGCAGGACCUUACCUGUUCCUCGGUCCAGCGCUUUACAGUCGCCGGCAUCUUUAGUGUCCGCAGUCUCUUGGUCAUCCCCUGUACUGUCUGCAGUCUCUGGUCAUCCCCAGUACUGUCUGCAGUCUCUGGUCAUCCCCAGUACUGCCUGCAGUCUAUGGUCAUCCCCAGUACUGUCUGCAGUCUCUGGUCAUCCCCUGUACUGUCUGCAGUCUCUGGUCAUCCCCAGUACUGUCUGCAGUCUCUGGUCAUCCACUGUACUGUCUGCAGUCUCUGGUCAUCCUCUGUACUGUCUGCAGUCUCUGGUCAUCUGUACUAUGUCCGCAGUCUCUGGUCAUCUGUACUGUGUCUGCAGUCUCUGGUCAUGCCCUGUACUAUGUCCGCAGUCUCUGGUCAUCCCCUGUACUAUGUCCGCAGUCUCUGGUCAUCCCUGUACUAUGUCUGCAGUCUCUGGUCAUCUCCUGUACUAUGUCCACAGUAUCUGGUCAUUUCCUGUACUAUGUCCGCAGUCUCUAGUCAAGCCUGUACUGUCUGCAGUCUCUGGCCAUCUUAUGGAGUGAAUAUGGAGCGGCCGGUC